AUGUCCUCAGCAUCCUCUCGAUCCUCUGUUUCAUCCAGGUCUUCUAGAUCCUCCAGAUCCUCUUCCGAUAGAGAGAAUGCUCCUGCUCCUGCCCCAGCUUCAGCUCCUGCCCCAGCUGCUGCUCCUGCCCCAGCCCUUGCUCCUGCCGGUUCCUUGACCUCAAGAUCCUCUUCAGACAUAGGUGUUCCUCCAGCUGCUGUUCCAGCUGCUGCUCCUGCUCCUGCCCCAGCUGCUGCCGCUGCUCCUCCAGCUACUGCCGCUGCUCCAGCUGAAGACUCAGGCUGUUGUGGUUGUGUCAUUAUGUAA